UUCUUGGGCAAGUAUUUGUUUUAAGAACAUCAAAUUUCCGCGGGGCAACUAUCAGCCGAUAUCAUUGUUCCUCGACAGAAACACUCUAUCGUUUAAAUAUAUAUAGCCGUAUCUCAUCAGCCCAUAAUAAAGUUUUUCAGCUUUAAAAAGGCUAUUUGAUUUACCUGUCUUGUAUGACAUAAAAGGAGGCAUAUUGUAAAUCGUUUUCCGCAGUAGCAGAAUUUGGAUGAGACUCAAUUUUUGCAUUAGUAUCUGGAUUUGGCUAUACCGUCACGGAUUUGACUUGCAAUUGUCAAGGAUUUGACAAUAAAUUGCCACGAAAUUGACUAUAAAUGGUCACGGAUUUGACUAUAAAUUGUCACCGACCUGACGUGAGGGAGUGAAUAUGUGAAGGAAUCGUCGACUGGAUCAUCGUCUUGUUGGUCUGAACUAGGGGUUGGAUUUCAAUUAGUCCAUGACAACAAAUUGGUCAUAAAUCGUCACGGACGGUCGUCACGGGUUUUAUGACUUUUAUCAAUACCCGUGGUCUUCUAACUUCUCCUUCCGAGAGGAAAAAAUCGUCAUAUCCCGUUGUAUAUGGCAGUGUGCGAUAAUCAUUAAAACUAGAACCACAGAGCCAUUCCAAACGGAGCAAAGACAAUUCUAUUAUUUUCGAUUAUCCCUUAGCGACCUUUAGCGGCCUGCCUUCUCAGGGGCCUUAUAUGGAAGAAGCUUCUGAGCUCCAUGUACGUCAUCACACUUUUUACAUACGGGGAAUCCCCUAAAAAGACUUUCGCUUUGAAUAGCAAUGGCGUCCGACCUUGUGCAAGAAGAGAAUUCCUUGAGCCCUUACAGAAAGCUACUCGUCGAUUUAUCGUUCGAUCUUUCUAAAAAAGACCUCGAGACGUUAAAACUCGCUGGCGUCGAUAUCAUUCCACGCAGAAUAACAGAAAACAUUGCCACUGGGUUGCAUUUCUUCGAUGUUCUGGAGCAAGAUGGAAGAAUUGGACCGCGAAAUCUAGACCUUCUGCAGGAUAUGCUUAACACAGUUGGCAGGCUGGAUCUUGCUCGGAAAAUUCAGGCUUUUUUGACAACAUCCGCGAACAGUGGCACUGACGAGUUUCCCGAUGGAGGCUUUAAUGGUGCAGAAAAUGGAAGUCUUCCAAACCAUGCAGCGAAAAAUGGCAACCCCUCUGUUAACGACACCGAAGUUGAUCAGAUGGCAUGGCAGGAUGACUCAGUACCAGACGGCAUCGAGGAUCACCCUCCUGUGAAUAAUGUGGCUGGAUCAAGACAAGGUGGAACACACAACACAAGCCAGUUUAGAGGAAUGGCCCUGGAACAGGUAGAAGCAUCCCAUCUUGUUCAGUCGCCGUUGGACAGUUCGGAUCAUGCUGGUGGUUCUACAGUGGUUAUGAAAAGUGGUCAAGUGGGAGCUGCUCCACAAAGAGGCCACUUUCUUGCUGCUGUAGGUUAUACCUCAUCUGAUGGGAACAUAGGCUCCUCGUCGAAUGUCAGUGGCCCUGGUACACAGGCAUCUUCAGGAACACAGACGGGACAGCAACAUAUGGGGAUUCAGGGUAGCUCGGCAUCUGGUCGGAUCAAACAUGUUGGACCAGAGCCCACUCGAUAUGUAGAUUUUCUCGCUUGUCAAGGCUACGUUGUGGAAAUAUUAGGUGGCAAACAUUUCAAGACUCCUGAAGGCGAGUUUGUGGAAAUGAAGAGUGGGACGCAGUAUAAGAUACACGUGAAAAACACACAUGCCUACGCUUGCAAUUUGGAUGUAUCUAUUGAUGGUUAUGACGUAGGAGGGUGGGUUGUUGAUGGGGGACAAGAGUUCACAAUAGAGAGGUCUGCGUACGAGGCAAAGAAAUUCACGUUCUACCGCGUGAAAACCGCGCCUGAAGAAGCGGGGAUUGAACCAGGCAGGGCCAAAAAUGGUGUUGUGAAGUGUGUUUUCACACCUGAAGCGUUCCUAGAUAUUCCUGUGAUAAUUUCUGAAUCACCUCAGCCAGUGAAUAUAAACAUGCCUCCAUCUGCGUCAGUUGGUGACCUUAAACGUGAAAUACAACAGAAGUUGAAUGUGACUGAAGACCCGGAUCAGGUGCUUUGUUCAGAUGACAACGUUUUAUUUAACUCCCAUUCAGUGAGGGGUUUAUCUACAAGAAAUCUAAGACUUGUCGAUACCGAACUUGAGAUUACGAUCGAGAAGUCAACCGGGACAAAUUUCUCCCUGAAGGUACAUCCAGGCAGAGCAAAGGUGUGCGAUUUAAUGGAACAGAUAGAAAGGAAGUUAAACGUUCCUAUAAGGGACCAAAAGCUGUACCUUGGUAGAGCCCGUCUGUCAGACGCACCAAGAAGAGGCCUUCCUUAUGGACUCAUCUGUAGUCCACAGCCGACGUUAAUACUCAUUGUUCCAGAGUAUAUUCAUAUCACAGUAGCAAAUGAAAAUGGCGUCUUACAUACCAUAAAGAUAGAUAAAGAAAAAAGCCUGCAAGCGCUCAUCGAAGAAAUACUUUCGUGCAGCUCCCUUCAGGAAAACGAAGAAGCCAUUCUCUACUUCAAUGGAAGACAAAUGUGUCCUACCAAAGAUGAAGGAACCUUAACAAGCCUUGGCCUUGUCUCUGGAUCAAAGUUGGAGCUGAAAGUGAACAUAAUCUUCAUCACAGUUCAAGUUUUGUUUCCGAAUAGAUCGCAAACAGUCGAUGUGAGAUGUGGUCCUCAAGAGACAUUCAAGGAUUUGGUAAAAAAGGUGGAAACGGGGGGCAAGAGAACAGAGUUAGAGAAAGUUACAUUUGCGAUGCAAGAGAGAGUCUUUGAUCCAGAUCAAGACAAGGCUCCACUGCAAGAGUAUGGAAUCACUCACGGUUCUCUAUUAGAAAUGAGGAGGGAUAGAGCAAACUCCAGCGCUGCUAGUGGCGAAUCUGGCGAUGCCGACGUUUUCAUGUCUGGAGACGAAGAUGCUUCAUUAGAUGAAAAGGUUAAGAUGCUAGCCCGGAACAAAGAGAGAGUUCUCAGACGAGCGAAAUCUGCAUCAUGUCCCAUACUAGCGACAUCUGUAUCAUCGCCAUUUGAAGAGCAGAUAUAUGUUCCGCAAAGUAAGUAAUUUUUUUUAGUGUUGACCUUUGGUAAUAUUUUGUUUUUGGAGUAAUAUUAACUUACUUCGCACACUGGCUUUCUUAAUUAUGAACUACUUUUAGCUAUCGAUGACUUGAAUGAGAGGACAGCUGAUAAUGUUCGAUCGAGCUCAUCUACUCACCAGUCCUCGGUUGUUCGAAAACCGAUUAAAAUAACCCGCGGUUAACGGUAACUCCACGAUUAAGAGCAGUUUGCAUGCUGUAAGGAUCGACUAAGGGUAUGCAAAAUACAAAAAAA